CUCCAUGGAGUCUAAAGCUCUUCCUCUCUUCCUCUUCCUUUGCUCUCUCCUGCUCGUCUCGUUUGCUUUAGCUUCUGCUCCCUCCUACCUGAGAGGGCUCGAUCCGAAGGCUGCGGCCCUUCAAGAGCUGGACCGCGUCGUCCAUCUCCCUGGACAGCCUCCAGUCAAAUUUCGACAUUACGCUGGGUACAUCACUGUCGAUGAGAGACUUGGAAAGGCUCUCUUCUAUUGGUUCUUCGAGGCCACUCACAAGCCAGCCAAGAAACCACUCCUCCUAUGGCUCAAUGGAGGGCCUGGUUGCUCUUCAGUAGCUUUUGGAGAAGCACAGGAACUGGGGCCAUUUCUUGUGAGAAAAGGUGCACCUGAGCUCGAACUCAACAAGCAUGCCUGGAACAAAGCUGCCAAUUUGUUAUUCUUGGAGACUCCAGCAGGAGUUGGGUUCUCAUACUCCAACACGACCUCAGAUCUUGAUGUCCAAGGUGAUAAUGCCACUGCAUUUAGUUCCUACACAUUCCUGGUAAAUUGGUUUCAGAAAUUCCCACAAUACAAACUGAAUGCGUUUUACAUAGCCGGAGAGAGUUAUGCAGGGCAUUAUGUACCCCAACUUGCAAAAGUGAUAUUCGACAAGAACAAAGAAACUCCAGAAGAGGAUUACAUAAAUCUCAAGGGCUUCAUGAUUGGGAAUGCCCUUCUAGAUUUCGAGACGGAUCUCAGGGGAAUGGUAGAUUAUGCAUGGGAUCAUGCAGUCAUCUCCGAUAGAGUUUAUCGAAACAUCGUAACGAGUUGCAAUUUUAGUGCUGCCACAUUCUCUCAAGAAUGCAACGAUGCCUUCUCACAAUAUUAUGCAGUGUAUGACAUCAUUGACAUGUAUAGCUUAUACACACCACGCUGUGAAAGUGGAUACCCGAACUUUACUGCUUCUGAAGAAAACCUCGCCUCUUUCUCAAAAUUUGAGGACUUGAUGCUGAAGAUACCAGCUGGUUAUGAUCCAUGCUUACAAACCUAUGCAACAGAGUACUUCAACCGUCAAGAUGUUCAAGAAGCUUUGCAUGCCAAUGUCACAAAAUUGACACGUCCUUGGUCUCUCUGCAGUCGCUCUGUCAAUAGGGCGUGGAAUAAAUACGAAAGAUCGAUCCUUCCAACCAUCCAAAAACUUAUUGAUGGCGGAGUUCUCAUAUGGGUUUUCAGUGGUGACACGGAUGGUAGGAUUCCUAUAACCUCAACGAGGUAUUCAUUAAACAAACUGGGAUUGGAAAUAAUUGAGGAUUGGUCACCUUGGUUCAACCAUAAGCAGGUUGGUGGAUGGACUAUAACCUAUGAUGGACUGACCUUUAUUACAGUUAGGGGUGCGGGGCAUCAAGUGCCUACAACUGCUCCUGAACAAUCCUUACAACUCAUCAAACACUUUCUAUCUAACAAAAAGUUACCUCCCAUUCCUUUUUAAACAAUGGAAUUAAAAAAUUCGAUUUGCUCACUUUAUGUUAUAGUUUGUUAGCUGUACCUAUAUAACAAUUAUUUUUCACCUUGGAUUCAAGGCAAGAGAUAUAUGUCAUUUUUGAUAAUUAGGUUGAUUGUGUUGUAUUACCUAAAGUGAUGUUUAAAUUGUAAAAGUAAUCUAUAUUUU